UCAUUCUAUUCUAUUGGUACUUGGUACCAACCUAACAGCGCCUGCGUUUUGUCAAAAAAUUUCUUUCCAGCAAGAACAGUUUCCGCUCAAAAAGGAAAAUGGUGAACGUACCGAAGCAACGUCGUACCUUUUGCAAAAAAUGCAAAGUACACAAGCUGCAUAAGGUGACACAAUACAAAAAGUCGAAGGAACGUAGUGCUGCACAAGGAAGAAGGCGUUACGACAGAAAACAGCGAGGUUUUGGUGGUCAAACCAAACCGAUCUUCAGAAAGAAGGCUAAAACUACGAAAAAGAUUGUGUUACGUAUGGAAUGUUCCGAAUGCAAAUAUCGUAAACAACUUCCCCUUAAACGUUGCAAGCACUUUGAACUUGGUGGUGACAAGAAACGUAAAGGACAAAUGAUUCAGUUUUAAGUUUUUUUGUAUAGCUGUACUGAAUAUAUAAUAUAAACAAUUCUUG